AGUUUGUCAACUUUGUAAGCGUCAGCUUUCAAAAGUCAUUUCAUUUGAAUUUGAAAACAAGUAAAAGUUAAGCUAUAAUAAACACAACUUUAUGAGUUGAAAGUAAAUGAGAAGAUAUAUCUAAUAGUAAAUAUGAAUAAAUUGUAACACACCAGUUGACGUACAUACAAUUUUACCACGAAUAAUAAGAAGGGUACGACGACCUCAAAACCUUGAGAUAUACGACGUAAAUAAAUAAACAAGAUGCCGGUAUUAGAGUCCUGUUGGUCACCAUGUAUAUGGUCUUCAAAUGUGAAGAGUGGGAGCAGGGCUGUAGCCGCGUAUACCGCAGCUAUGGGCAUCAUACUGAUAACGUUUAUAGCCUAUCAAAUGGACGGAGGAGAUUCAACACAACUCUGGAAUCCACUAUUCGAAGCUGAUGUGAGAGGAUCUCUUCAAGUUUUUGGAAUAAUAUUUAUUGUGAUUCUUGCCACUCUGAUUGUGUCUUCUAUCUUAAUGGUCAUCGGCAUGAAUAUAUGGAUGCGAGGCUUAAUGUUACCGUGGAUGAUUACAAUGGGGCUUAUCAUAUUGUUUCAAAUUAUAUUCAGCCUCUGGCUCAUCGGUGGUUACUAUAUUUAUUUGGACGCCACAUUUGCAGCCUUGCUAAACUUUCUCUGGGUGUCUUACAAUAUCUAUUGUUGGUUAUGUGUGUUAUCUCAAUACCAAAUCAUACUGGAAAUGCAAUCGCCGAAUAUAGAAAUAUUAGUGGAAUACUAACACUGGAUCUAUUACGAGUUAAGUCCUUCCCAUAUAAUAUUUGUUUGCUUUAGUAUGGUUGAUUUUUGAUGUUAUAUAUUAUCAUAGGAGUUGUGAUAAUCUUAAAGAAAAUACAAUUGUCUUUUAAUAUGGGAAUGGGAUGUGUUAAUUGUUUCAAUGUUGUAGUUAUGAAUUAAUAUUCAUAGAAUUCCAAUUUUAUUAAGCGGGUCUUGUUAUAAUUGGAUGCAGGAUAGUUUCUCAUAAUAGAAAUUAUACAUAAAAAAUAUUGAGAAUUUUUGAAUUAAUAGUCAUCUUCGAUAAAACAAAAGUAUUUGUUUUAUAUUAUUUCAGACGAAUAACGAUGCACAAAUAGAAUUGACUAUAAAAAAUGAUGGAUGAAUAAACUGAUUUACCAUUACAUAUAUGUAAAAUUUUGUAUUAAGUUAUAAUAUGAUUUUAUAAUUUUUAUAAUAUAAAAAUGUAUCUUUAUUCCUUAAGCUUUUCUGACGCAUUGAAUAUAUAAAUUACUGAAUAUACAUAUAUAUUAUAUAAUUUUUCGGGUCCAUUCCAAUAAUGGACAUACUCUGUUAGAUGAUUUUUUCUAAAUCGUGUCCCAAAGAAGUUGUGUUUCAUUUGUCCAUGUGAUUUUUUUUUUUUUGUUAUAAUAAUAAAGAAUAGGAUACAGAAAAUGAUUCUAAAAUGCUUCAUUUACAGUUAUUCAGAUUCAUCUUUUGUUAAAUUGACUAUGUUUCAUCAAAUGCUGUAAUGCUUGUUUUUAUAAAAGAUCAUAUAAAAUAAUACUUAUUUAAAUUUGUUUACAGCUUCUUAGAAGGAAAAAGUAAAGUUUUUAUUAAGAUAUCUAUCUAUGUAUUUAUACCUUUUUGUAUAAAUUUAUCUUUUUUUUACGUUUUUAUGUUUAUAGAAUUCUUAGAAAUAAGUUAGUAUAGGCUCUAUUUUUAUAUAGUACAACCCAGGUCCGUCCAGUGUAUAGACUGAUGAAAUCACAUUAUAUUUAAUUUGUAUAAUGCCUUAACUUACUUUGUAUUACAAUUUCACUGUGUUCUUAGUGUAAUAAAGUAAUUAAGAUUUGAAAUU